AUGUGGAAUGCGUGGACAAAACAUAUGGCAGACGAGCCGUUAGUCAAGGGACAAUGUCCAGUCCAAUCGUGUCUUUUUACAACCGACAUGUCUCUGCUCCAGGACAGUGACGUCAUCGUUCUCCACUUCGACACCCUCGAAGAUUACCCAGUGAACCGUCAACCCCAUCAGCGUUUUGUCUUUUAUCAUUUCGAGUCACCUGAUAACACUGCCUCUGAUUUGAUGAACGAUCCGUAUUUUCGUUACAAUUAUUUCAAUUGGACAAUGACUUACCGGCGAGAUUCAGACGUCUUCCUUCGCGAUUAUUAUGGGUCUCUCAUUGCCAAGAAUUCCCCAAAAAACAACACUCGUCAAGCUCGAUAUAAUUAUAGAAAUGUAACAAAUAGCCUUACCACCACCACUGGCCACGUCGAUGUCAGCGAAAAUAUCCCAGGGUCAGAACUCGUGAAAAGCCAGUCGGAUUUGGCUGCCCUGAUUCGAGGAAAAAACAAAAUGGUGACUUGGUUUGUAGGCCAUUGUACGACGCCCAUUCGACGAGAAGAGUACGUUCGCCAAUUGAGUCAGCACGUGGCCGUCGACAUAUUUGGCAACUGCACGAAAGAAUGCCCUUACCCCUGCGACGACAUGUUACGUGCCGAAUACAAAUUCUAUUUGGCAUUCGAGAAUUCCUGGUGUCCAGACUACGUGACGGAAAAGUUCAUUCGACCUUUUGUUUACGACGCAGUUCCUAUUUUCCUCGGCGGUGCAGAUUACAGUCACUUUGCUCCGCCACAUUCUUACAUCAAUGCUCGAGAUUUUGAAUCCCCCAAAGCACUGGCUGAUUAUUUAAUGCUAUUGGAUAAAUCAGACAGCCUUUAUGCAAAAUACUUUGAUUGGAAAAAAGAUUAUUACGUUUCUGUUCCAGACUUUUAUGGUUGGUGUGAAUUGUGUCGGAUGGCGCACGACAGCACACUGCCACGAAAAGUGUAUCACGACAUCAAACGGUGGUGGAUGAUGGAUGCUGGAAAUUGCGAAUCUGAUUCAACCAAAUAUUUUUAAAGUUAUUUAAAAUCGUGUCUCGUUUUUAAAUAUAUCGUUUUUACAAAUAAAA